CGUGAAAUCGGUAAACAUCACCCUAAAUUUUGAAAUUUGUCCAACUGAGACAAUUAGUUUUCAUUUAGCGUUGAUCAGAUUAGCCGAAAUGAAGGUUUCAGCUCUUAUUUGUGUUGUGGUGAUUGGUUUCGUCAACGCCAUCAGUGACGAAGAAGUUCAGCAAGAAUGGAAAAAUUACCAGGUGCAAUUUGGAAAAUCCUACAGAUCUCCAAUUGAAGCCCGUAAACGUUUAGAAGUAUUCAAAGACAAUUUAGAAAAAAUUGAAGCACACAAUGCCCUUUACGUACAAGGUAAAUCCACUCAUACUGAGGGCAUCAACCAAUUCACUGAUUGGACUGAAGAAGAAUUCAUGCAAUACGUGAACAAAGGUUUGCUCAACAAACCAGUCAUUGUUGGUGACAUUUUCAAUGAAAGCGAAAGUUUCUCCAACGUUGGAGCAGUCGACUGGAGGACGACAUCAGGAAUUGUUACUGAUGUUAAAAAUCAAGGACAGUGUGGAUCAUGUUGGUCUUUUAGUGCUACUGGUGCCAUUGAAGGUCAACUCGGAAGAAGAGGUCAACUGAUACCCCUGAGCGAACAAAAUCUUAUCGAUUGCUCAGCUUCCUAUGGUAACAAGGGUUGUAAUGGAGGUCUAAUGACAGCUGCCUUCAAUUACGUCCGAGACCAUGGAAUUCAAAGUGAACAAAACUAUCCUUAUAGAGCAAUAGACGAAUUCUGUCAAGCGGAUCCUUCAAGAAUCGUCGCUAGAAUUUCUAGCUUUGUGAACCUUUCGUCUGGAAGUGAUUCAACUCUUCGACAGGCAAUUGGUAGCGUGGGUCCAAUUUCUGUUGCCAUUGACGCCACAGCAAACCUGCAGAGAUACCGGGGUGGUAUCUUCUACGACACCUCUUGUAGCAGCUAUUCUUUGAACCACGGAGUUCUUGCUGUUGGUUAUGGAAGUGAUAACGGACAAUCUUACUUCAUCGUCAAAAAUUCAUGGGGCUUUUCUUGGGGAGAAGGAGGUUACUUCAGGUUGUCAACGAGCAGAAAUAACCCAUGUGGAAUUUCCUCUAUGGCUUCUUACCCAGUAUUGUAGGUUAUUUCUUGAUAAUGUACAUUAUAUAUUAAAGUCAAUUAUACCUUGA